UUGCUGGGAUACUGCGUGAGAUCAGCACGAUGCAAAUCUGUGCUGUAGGUGGGGGAAGAUGGCAUGGCAAUUCAACGAGUGCACCUAUGAAACGAGAGGAUCAUGGGGCACACGAAGAAGAAAACCUAUCAAUGGACAUUUACGAGGAGUGCGCGACCCAGCUUCAGAAUGAGCUGCAUGAAGAGUAUGUGAAGGAAGAGGUGUCCAAUGCUUUGAUCAGGGACAUAACGGUGAGAGCGUCGCAAAGGAUCGCGUAUGUAAUAGACAGUGAUAGCAGCGAAGAUCUUGUGCAUGAAAUUUGGUCCGAUCCCGAGCACGAAGAGCUGGUCGAGAUUGACAGAAGGCUAAGGGAGGAGGAACAACAGAAGGAAUCCAUUGAGCAGCAACAGAAAGAUGCAGAACUUGCAAAACUCUGCCAGCUAGAGGAGGAACGGGUGACAGUUGAGCAGGUACACCGGGAUAAUGGGCUUGCUCAUAUGUACCAGGCACUUUACAACCAUAACGCCACAGACGAGCAGGUAAGGGAGGCAACGGCGUUGUCUGCUGGUGAAGCACAAGUGCAUGCUACUGGUGGUGGGGCGGCGACAUUGAUAGAGCGAACAACAGGUAGUAUGGUGUAAUUAACAAUGUGCUACAUACAUGACUGAGAACUACAGAUAUUCAUUGGUUCGAGACAUGCAGGAGUUCAAACCAGGUUGGAUGAUUUCUACAACUGUGAGCCUGGC